CAGCGCACCAUUCCAUCACCCACCACGGCUGCAGCUUCCUGUCCAUUGGCAUCUGCCCUCGCAACAUCCCCCAAACUCUCUUCGUCGUCGCCGACCAGCCGACAGCAAACGGGCCUGACAGACGGAGCCUCGCCAUUGGUGGGCGGGAGGAUUGCCCCCUUGGCCUGCUCCCUUUCGUCCUCCGCACCAGCCCGGCUGGUUUCUCUGCAUCUCGGCCAUUUCUGUCUCUGGAGACCUUUGCCAAACCAUCGCUCCUCCCUCCCUUCUUCCUCACACCGCAGAUCUGUUUCUACCCUGAGCGCCCGCCAUGGACGAGGGACUGCUCUCCGCCAUCAAGUUCUGGCAGAAUGCCAAUCUCUCGAAGCUACAGCGCGAGCUCGACGAGCAGGGCCUGGAGAUUGUCGAGAACCAGAAAGAAGGCCUCGCCAGCCGCAAGAAGCUUGCCGAGCAGACCAAAGACUUCAAACGACUGCCUGACGACGAGAAGCAGAAAGAGUUCAAGAACCUACUCAAGGGCUAUCAGUCCGAAAUCGAUUGCAUCACAAAGCGGACCAAGGCGGCCGAGACGGCUUUCUUGAGCCUCUACAAGCUGCUGGCGGAUGCACCGGAUCCAGCCCCGCUCAUCAGCGGCGUGGCGGAGCAUGCCUCCAAGAUCAACGACUUUAACUCGCUCCAGAUCGAAAACGAAAAGCUGCGCGAGGAGCUGGCGGCGGCGAACGCACAGACAGCAGCCCUCAAGUCGUCCGAGGCCAACGCCCAGGCUCUGAAGCAACGCCUCAGCAAGUACGAGGCCAAGCUCGACGAGAUGGUUCUGGAGAAGGUCACGCAGAAAGAAAACGAGAUGAAGCAGUUCCUGGACGAGAAGAUCAGGAUCUACAAGGAGACUGAAUAUUCACUGCAGCGCCAGCUAAACCAGUCCAAGGAUCUCGUGCUGAAGCUCCAGAGCACCAACAACCAGACUCAGGCGCUGCUCGUCGACCACUCGCAGAAAUACGACAACGAAAUCGCGCUGAAGCUUGGCGAGCUUGAGAUCUGUCUGAUGGAUCUGGAGCGUGCCAACCUCAAAAAUGCACAGCUGGAGCGCGAUAAUGAAAAUCUCCUUCAAGAGCUUCAGGAUCUCCGUGGCACCGACGGGGAGACGAGCGAUCUUCGAGAAGCCGAAUCGUCUUUCAAGACUCGGGUUGAAUCGCAAGAGACCGAGCUUGCUCGUCUCCGAAGCGAAGGCGAAAAACUCCAGAGUGCACUUGCUCAGACGGAGCAACAGUCGUCCGCACGCAUCGCCAAGCUCGAGCGCGACUGCAAAAUCGCCGUGAUGGAGGCAUCGACGCUGCGCAACAGGCUCAGCGAGAUGGAAGACUAUGAGGAGAUCAAGAAGGAGUUGGAGGUGAUGAAGUUUAUAGAGUUCUCGAGUGUUGUUCGAAGUUCGGAUAGUCCCGACGACAUUGACGUGUCCGCCCUGGGCGAGUAUUCGCUCGAGAAGCUGAUGUUGGAAAAGAACAGGCGCAUGCAAGUCGAGUUGACGGACGCCAAGGUGCUGAUCAGCGAGCUCCAGACCCAGACCGCUGAGUUACAGCGCAACCUCAUCGCCAGGACAGACACUGUCGAGCAGCAACGCCAGUUGAUCCACCAGCUUGAAGACGACAUCCAUCGCCUCAACGUCCACUCCGGCGCAUCUCGAAAGGUCCCGACGAGCCCAACGGACGGCCUGGCAGAGCUCAUAUCAUCUCGGUCAUUUGCUGGAGGAGCAGCGUCCCCACCAAGCACACCCACGCUGGAAUCGAGCGGUUCAGGCUCAAUCAUUCCGAUCCUGACGAGCCAGCGCGAUCGAUACCGCCAAAAGAAUGUGGAACUGGAAGAGACGAUCCGGACUUUGAACGUCACGCUCUCGCAGCUCCAGAGCCAGGUCGAGACCCUCAAGAGCGACAAUGUCAAGCUCUAUGAAAAGCUCCGAUACACCGAGUCGUACUCUGAGCAUCGCAGCCGGGGUGGCCACGCAGCGAUCGAUAUGGAGCUGACGGGGCUCCAUAGCCGAGGAAACGACGUCGCAGCCAAGUACAAGCCCAUCUACGAAGGCAAUCUCGAUCCCUUCCAGCGAUUCCACAAGCAGGAGGAGGCCAAGCGGAUGAACUCGCUCAAUCCGAUCGAAAAGCUGAUGCUGCAGAUCAGUCGCCUCAUCCUGGCGAGCAAAUACGCUCGGUGGAUAUUCCUGGCCUACUGCGCCCUGCUCCACAUGCUCGUGAUGAUGAUCCUCUACCGGCUUUCUGUCAACAGCUCUGCGACCGAGUGCAGCCAUGAGCACGAAUGGGCAGACUACCAAGAGUUUUUGAGGUCCCAAAACAAGACGAUCUUAUCCUAGAGUCUCUCGCCAGACACGAAAGUGCCCAUGGCAAUGGCAAAUAGAACACUACCAUGUGUUGGCGGAA